GUUCCGGAGGCGGGCCAGAGGGUCGCGAGCGGGCCUUGGUAAGGGCAGAAUUUUCUCCAAGAAAAGAAAACACAGCACCUGUGGGGGGAGUCUGUUCCCCAGAUAUCCUAACAUAACUGAAGGGUUGGCAAACAGACUUGCCAGAAGAAUGGCUACCAAAGUGCAAGAGCAGAGCUUGGAUGCCUCUUGCACUGACCCAGCAGAGGAGGGGGAUCCCAGUAAUGGCAUUGUGGCCAAGCAUCAGGACUUGGAUAGGGGCGAGCCCAAGGCAAACGGUGAAUGUUCACGAGCAGGAGCCAAACAUUCGGAGAUGCCAGCACAGCCUGCCGAUCAGGGGGAAGCCGCAAGCUUGCAGGGCAAGCAAGAAGAGGAGCCAAAGCCGGAGGCCUCCUUGGUGCCUCCUCUGGCAGAGGGCGCGGUACCAGUUGCUGUGCCACCUUUGGGAGAAGGGAAAGGGGCCAAGCGGAUGAUGGAGGAUGAUGUGGAUGCUGACAAUUACAAAGAAAUGCCUGAUGUCUGCCAGGAAGCGAGAGAACCGGGCCGGGCUAUGCUUUUGCCAGAUCUCUUUGGAGAUGCUGAACAUGCUCACAGCAGCCUGGAUGUUGGUAGGGCUGGCGGCUGUGCCAAGGUGGAGCAAGCGGUCCCUUGCCUCUCCAACAUGGGCUCGGAGAAUCAGCGCAAGCGCUUCCGGGGCUUUGCCUACAAAGAGACUGAAGGGCCGCAAGUGGCUUAUGAGCGACUGCAGGAACUUCUGUUCCAGUGGCUGAAGCCGGAGGCCCGCAGCAAGGAGGAAAUUGUUGAACAGCUCGUCCUCGAGCAGUUCCUGAACCUUCUCCCAGAGGAUGUCCAGCGUUGGGUUCGGGAGCGGCACCCUGAAAAUGGGGAUGAGGCUGUAGCCCUGGCAGAAGACUACCAGUUCCUGCAUCCUGAGCCAGGCAGACGGCCCUUCCCAGAGAGGGCGAGGCAGAGGGCUUCAGCCAGGUCUUGGCUCCGCUGAAACCGCCAGGCCAGGCAGGCAGGAUUGGAUAUCAGCUGAGAGAAUGGAAGACCUGGUUAUCUAUCCAGCUGGAGACAAGCUUAGAUGGGCAAGAAGAAUCUGGGAAUCAAACUACAAUACACACUUACUCGGCAUGAAAAGAGCUUGACGGCCUUUCCCUGUAGGAUGGUCUUUACCUGGAGGGAAGCUCACAGUUCAUUUUGUGUGUGCGUGCUUGUACAUCCAUGCAUCUGUUUCUGCGUACUUUCUUGUGUGCAUGUAUGGAAGAGUGUUGUGUGGGAAAGGACUGGCAAAACCACGUCUGGCGUCCGCCACCUUCUCCAGAUUGCCCCUGCACCAGCAGCACCAGAAUGGGUGGGAGGAGCGACAAAGCAGGCUCUGAAGGGAGCUUGCGUUGUUCGUAAAAUUGGGUGGGGGUGAGCGCACCGCAUGAGCCUUCAGAGAGGAUGUGGGGGGGGGGGAGGCCUUGUGGUGGAGGAACCCAGCGCUGCACACCUGUCUCGUUUAGGUUGAUGCCCGACAUUGGAGCCAAGCUUUUCUAGUGCCC